AUGUCCAUUGUCGAGGUUCUGAGUUUGGGGUUUGCUGCUGCUGCCUUCGCGCUGUACGUCUGGUCUCCAUUUGGAUCGAAGGGUGCCGAGCAACUUGUGGUCCGGCCAUUGUUGCGUCACACUCGCUUCUGGAUGAUUGCCUCCGACGAAAUGGCUCUGCAUGGACAAGCGGCCAUGCAAGACUUCGAGUCCUUGGCAAAGACGCUCGCCCAAUCUGUGGCACAGAGAAUUGGACCAAAGCUCGCCAAGGGACAGGCGCCCAAGAAGAGUCACGUGGACCAUUGCUUAUCAAGGGCUGCCUCCGACGCAAGGUCACGCUUGUACCAAUUUCCAGACAAGGCCAACAUCAACCACGUCAUGAAAGCCGUUGAAGCCGAAGAGGCCAUGAUUCUGCUGGAUUUGGACAAAGCUCUAUCGGCCAAUUUUCCGCCGGUCUUCCCGGCUCGUGCUUGA